UGCUCUGCGGCCGCCUCUCCGGGUCCCGUGCCCGGCGUCUCUCCUCCCCGCGCACCGACAGCCCGGGGCCGCCGCGGGGCUGGGGGGGAUGCCGGGCUGCCGCAUCAGCGCUUGCGGCCCAGGGGCCCAGGAAGGGACGGCAGAGCCGGGGUCGCCCCCGCCGCCACCCCGGGAGCCCCUGGCGUCUCUCCAGCCCCCGCCCCCAUCUCCGACCUCGACCCCGACCCCCGCUCAGUCACCGCCGUCUCCGAAGGCGGCCGAGACACCCGCGGAGGGGCAGGAGCUGCAGCGCUGGCGCCAGGGUGCUAGUGGGGGAGCGGGGGUCGGGGGACCGGCGGGGAUCGGGGGCGCGGGCGCGGCGGCAGGGGCCGGGGGCCGCGCGCUGGAGCUGGCCGAAGCGCGGCGGCGCCUGCUGGAAGUGGAGGGCCGCCGGCGCCUGGUGUCGGAGCUGGAGAGCCGGGUGCUGCAGCUGCACCGAGUCUUCCUGGCCGCCGAGCUGCGCCUGGCGCACCGCGCCGAGAGCCUGAGCCGCCUGAGCGGCGGCGUGGCCCAGGCCGAGCUCUACCUGGCGGCGCACGGGUCGCGUCUCAAGAAGGGCGCGCGCCGCGGCCGCCGGGGUCGUCCCCCCGCGCUGUUGGCGUCCGCGCUCGGCCUGGGGAGCUGCGUGCCCUGGGGCGCGGGGCGGCUGCGGCGCGGCCACGGCCCCGAGCCGGACUCGCCCUUCCGCCGCAGCCCGCCUCGCGGCCCCGCCUCCCCCCAGCGCUGACCUCAGCCCCCGGGACCCCUUGCCUCCCGAGACGGGCGGUCCCCCGGGUGCGCAAGGAAGGACGGACGGACGGAUCCAGGUGCUGGGUAGAUGGACGGCGUCAUCUACGCGGAGGAGGCCGCCGGGGGGCCGGGGGCCCCUGAAAGUGAGACUGAGCUCCUCAGAGCCGCCACUCCAUGGGUCAGGACUUCUGCAUUCUGCUCCUUCUCUGGAUACCGCCUUCAGGAAGACUUCCAGGACUGACUGUACCCGUCUCGGCGCCCUCCUCUCAGGAGCCCUCACGGUGGCAAGGGGCUGGGUCCUGGGAACUUUCUGUACUCUGAAUUG